GGAGGGGCUUUAGCGCUUUAAGACCACGCGAGCGGAGCUGCGACUGUCCUCUGCCCGUGUCUCCGGGGUUCGCGCUGCGUUGCUCGGACUGACAGCCUUCCAGCCCUCGGUGACGUGCUGCCGGUCGUCUCCACGUCAGAACCGCCUCAUGAAGGGGAUCGGACUCGAUCCGGAGCUUCGCGGCUUCCGGCGGUCGGUCGCUCUUCCAUAGCUGCCCGCAGAGACCUCAGCAGCGCCAAAGUUUGCGACAUUUCCUGCAACAGCUGGUCUUCUCCUCCGGACCCAGAACGGCCCGGGAGCGGAGCCGCCGCGGCUGUGCAGCGGCUGCGAUGGUCAACAGCAGAGUGGAGGCCCCCACGGUGACGGUGAUGGGUGGUGGGGGAGCCACAGGAAGGUCAUGUGGCGGAUGUGGGGGCCGCAUCCUGGACCGCUUUCUGCUCUUCUCCAUGGAGCGGUACUGGCACACGCGCUGCCUGAAGUGCUCCUGCUGCCACGCCCAGCUGGGCGAGUUCAGCAGCACCUGCUACAGUAAAGGUGGAAUGAUCCUCUGCAAGAACGAUUACAUCAGGUUGUUUGGACACAGUGGAGCCUGCAGUGCUUGUGGACAGUCCAUACCUGCCAGUGAGAUGGUGAUGCGAGCACAAGGCAACGUUUAUCACCUGAAGUGUUUCACCUGUGCCACCUGUAGGAACCGCCUGGUCCCUGGAGAUCGCUUUCAUUACAUCAAUGGAACCAUCUUCUGUGAACACGACCGGCCAGGCGGAGGCCUGCACGCCACACACUCCAGCAGCAUCAUGUCUGAUCAGAAGGUGUGCUGAGGAAAUGGUAACAUGGAAAACCAACUCGUGCCUCUUUCUCCACCUGCAUUGUAUACAGCACCAGCGGUCGUCCUCUGAUGGAGCAACACCAACUGCAGCUAAAGGCUUUGAGAUGGACCAAUGGACAGGCCUAGAGGAACAUUGAUCACCACGGUGAUCUUACAGGUGUGCUCGGCCUGAAGACCGGAUCCAGAGUAGCGUGUUGGAAUUAUCUUUUGUUAUUUUUGUUCAGGAUGGUGAAGAACACAAGAUGACACCAGCGGGAAGUUGAAGAAAAUUAACUUAAGAUUCCAGAGUUGAACUGAUUACGGUGAAAUUCAGAUGUUUUCAGCAUAAGUGUGAGCUGCCUUGUGAUCCAGAUAACCAUCCACCAGAUAUUCUUGAGAAGUGGCUGACAUCUCUGAUAACACCCAACCCCUCCCUUUUAAGGGUUUUAUUUUCAUCAUUGCUAUAACGGGGUUCCCCUUUUUUUAUUGUUUUCCACCCAAUUCUACGUGUUUCUUUUUUUAAACAGUACGCUGUAUUUUCUACGUCCUGAUUGGCUGUUGAGCUUGUCAGUGAAUCUCUUGUUUGCUGUGUCUGCCGUGUUCAGUUUACUGGAGUUGCAUAAACCUUUGAUCACAAUCAGAUCUUUGUUUUCAUUCUACAAUCCUGGACUUAUUUUACUUUAUUCGCUGAGCAGUUUUAAACAUCUGAAAUGCUACUCUGUUGAUCUCCUCCAUCACAGGUUAUUUUGUGAGCAUGUCGAUAAAUGAGGGGCCACACUGUUGUAAAUGUCUUUCCCAGCAAGCUCAGCUGUUUAGAAAUAAAACUGCUUAGCUCCCAGUUGUAAA